GUGAAUUUUAUAGUUUUGUUUGUUUGUACAAUUCACAAUCAACAACAAAAAAACGACAUUUUAACAAUGAUUACAUUCUUUUCUAAUAUUCCAACAUUUACUGAUCCAAAAAAUCUUGAUAUACAAACAUUUUUACAACUUUGCGAUAUGAUUUGUAAUUUUUUCGGUUUAUGGGAUACAAAAUUUUCACUAUUACGAAAUGAUGUAGAAGGGAAUAUUAAAAAAGUAUCACGUGCAUCAGCCAAUCUACAUGUGAAUACAUUAUAUGAUUUAUUAACCAAUGAUACAAAUCGUAAUGAUGAUUCUUCCGGUUCAAUUGGUCUAUUAUGGUUAAAACGUACAUUACAAUUUGUCAAUUGUUUUCUGCAUAAUUUAGCUCAUUCAACAACAAAUAAUGAGAAUGAAUUGAUGCGUGAUCUAAUCACACAAGCUUAUGAUGUCACAUUAACACGAUAUCAUAAUAAAUUAAUGCGUCAUGCAUUCCGUUUUGUUUUACGUAUUGUCCCGAAACGAUCAGUAUUCAUCAGAAAAUUAGGAUUGGAACAAGAUAAUUGUGAAUUGAUUGUACUCAGAGAGGUGGAACAAUUCACUCUGGCAAUUGAACCUCAUAUUGAAACUUUGCAUCAAAUGUUAAUUUUAUUCGGUUUAGAAGAUCCAACUACAUAAAUUGUUAUCAAUGAAUUUUCUUUUUUUAAAAAAAUUCUGAAUUUUCUAUUUAUUGAACAUUUCAUUCUCAUCAUGCGCUACAUCUCCAUGUCAAUUUGUUCAAGGUACAAUGUCAGGUGAAGUAAUUUACUCUCAUAUAGUUGAAGAAAACACUACCUACGUACCGGUUCAUGUAUGCAUACAUACAUAUUGAAUUAAUCUUGACAGUUAUCUAUCUAUCAUUCUUUUAUUCUUGUCUUUUAUUUAUUGAACACAUUGAAUUUGUUUUAAACGAUGUUCAAAAUAUAGUUAAC